UUGUUCUGCCAGCUUCCCACUGCGCAGGCGACCGAAACGUCAGAAAAGCGACAAAGGCAACGCAAAAAGCAGUCGAAAAAUAUAAAUAAGCGAAAAGCUAAAGUAAAACGAGACAGACACAAAAAGAAUGCCCGAAAGUCAUACGUAAAACGAUUAGCAUAUUUUGGUAAUUAAUUCAAUCGAUUAGGCGAUGCCGGCUAAACCGUAACAUUAACGAUCAACCAAUACAUAAACGCAGUACUUUUUUGUGUAAUUAAAAGUGUCUUGUUCCAGAGUGAACUAAAUCUAACAAAAAUAAUCCAAUAUAAAAGUGCACAAAUCUGUGAAAAAUGGUGAAGAACAAUAACAAUCUAAUGGCUGAAGAUAUACCCAAUGGCAAUGGUCUGCCGAAUGGAAAUGCGAAUGGACAUGGUAUCCCCAAUGGACAUGGCCUGUCCAAUGGCAAUGGUGUGGUCCAUGGCCAGGAACCAGUAGCUCCUCCUGCCUCUGGCUGGCGUCAGAUUCUAUGGAAUAGCUGGGAUGCCUUUGCGGAUGUGGCCUGGUUCAUCAUCUGCUGCGUGGGAUUCAUUCUUCAGGACCUCUACUACAUUGUCUUUGGCUAUCCCGAAAAGGAGCUCAAGACAGACAUUGCCCUGAUCACCGGUGGUGGCAAUGGCCUGGGUCGCUUGCUGGCCGAGAGACUCGGAAAGAUGGGCACCAAAGUCAUUAUCUGGGACAUCAAUAAGAAGGGCAUUGCGGAAACCGUUGAGAUCGUCGAAGAGGCGGGCGGCUACUGCAAGGGCUAUGUGGUCGAUAUAUCGAAGAAGGAAGAGGUCUAUAAGGCGGCCGAUGUCAUCAGAGAAGAAGUCGGUGAUAUUACUUUGCUGAUCAACAAUGCGGGCGUUGUCUCUGGCCUGCAUCUACUGGAUACACCCGAUCAUCUGAUUGAGCGCUCGUUCAAUGUGAAUGUUAUGGCACACUUUUGGACGACAAAAGCGUUUCUGCCCAAAAUGAUUGAGAAUGAUCGAGGACACAUUGCCACAAUUGCCUCGCUGGCCGGCCAUGUGGGCAUUAGCAAAUUGGUCGAUUACUGUGCCAGUAAAUUUGCUGCGGUUGGCUUCGAUGAAGCACUGCGGCUGGAGCUGGAAGUCCUUGGCCAUACGAACAUACGAACCACCUGCAUUUGUCCGUUCUUCAUUCAGGCGACUGGCAUGUUCGACGAUGUGAAUGCCAGAUGGGUCCCCACUUUGAAUCCCAACGAUGUGGCCGAUCGUGUCAUUUCUGCCAUCAGGAAGAACGAGAAGCUUGCCGUAAUACCUGGCUUCCUGAAGGCCCUGCUCUCACUCAAAUGGACCUUCCCCUGGGGCUGUGUGGGUGGUUUGCUGCGACGCCUAGUGCCCGAUGCCUCGCCCCAAGGUCUGCCCAGCUCCAUUGGUGCCGUUGCCACCGCCACCGCCACUUCUGCCUCGCCAGUGAACGCCAAGUCAAAGUCUAGUAUUGCCACAACCACCGCCGCGGAUAUGGCCGCCCUGGAUGCAGAGCUGAGCAGCGUUACCCUGCCGGCGAAGCCACCCUCGAUGCUGAUCCAGCGUACACCUUCGCUGGGGGAGCGAGUCCUCUAAACAGGGAAUCCACAGAGUACCCCAGAAGCCCACAACACAACCCCCCUCCCCCGCCAAAUCCAAGGUUUUUUUUGCCUGUUGUGUGUGCAUUUUAUGAGCGUUACCGCGUUAUGGAGUUACGAGCAUGUGUAAUUGAAUUUUGUGUUUUUGGCAUUUUUCCGGGCGCACCUCCACGCGGGCCGAAAACGUUGGUCUACGGUUUUUCGGGGAUUGUGGGUUUGAGGUUUGAGGGUUGAGGGUUGAGGCGAGGAAAGAACCAUUUACUAAAUCUAAGCUACAAAUCUAGUGAUAUUACAUUUAGUUAAAGCGUGAAAGAGAGAGGUAGUAGUAUACUGACGGGGGAGUGAAAGCGUUUAGCCUUAAAUUAAUUGAAUUGUAUUUUUGUAUAAACCACAUCUAUAAGAACCUUAUAUGUACUACAACACAUAUGUAAAUGUCCAGGCAGUCGUCUUAGAUAAUACUUUAAGAUAAUACUUUGUUUUGCAUUUUCCGUUUUGCCGUAGUCAUUCUUGAGUUAAGUUUUCGCCCUCUUAAGCCAUUAAUUCUUAAAUGAAAAAUACUUUUGCUAAAUUCUGAAAAACUUUAAAUGAAAGAUUGAACACUUG